AUGAAGAAACAUCGGAAGCCUGAAGGAGAGACCAGACGACAGAGAAAACAGGGAAGGCCGAAACGAAACGAAACGCGAAAUAUUUGCAAACCGCUUUCCUUGAAGGAUGCACCAAGCCGGCUCGAAUUGGGCCUGUCAUCCAUCCUCAUGGUUCUUUCAUGGUCAAUCUUCAUCUCUACUGCGAUCCUAUUCGCUCGUCAUAUGAAAGGACAUUGCCCGAACUCAGCACUUUGUGGACUUCAACUCUGGUUCCAUUUCCAUCGUACUCUCAACAUGAUCGGUAUAGCAGGUACGAUAGCCGGCUUUGUGGUAGUGUUUGUGGCAAAGGACUGGAGAUGGGUAGGACCAAAAGCAUAUCAAUCAUCGGAACUGAACAACCAAUGGGGAUCUGUUCAUGCGAUGUUGGGACUUAUCGCUUGUGUGGUUGCUUGGGCUCAACCGCUUAAUGCCGUUUUCAGGUGCCAUCCUGACGGAAAAGGGCGAUGGCUUUUCAACAUCAUUCACGGAUUCUUCGGUUUUGGCAGCUGGCUUUGCGCAGACUGGUGGACAGGACGACAUCGCGUGUCUGGUGAGAUCGAAAUGGUUCGCGUCGGUGGUACUACCACCGCCGUCUACACAGAUUCCAUUGAGAGGGUCCAGUUAAUAAUUGUCGGACAAUCCCACGAAUAUUCAACGCGGUUCCUCCAGUCGUUCAUAAACCUGUUGUUUUUCGUUGUGUCGCCAUAUCGUCGGUUAAGCGAUAUUGUCAUCAUUGGCAAAGAAGCCAGAUUGCUAUGA